AUGGGUACUGGUUCGUCAAAAGACGCAGACGGCAGCUCGCACGGAAGCGAAGAAAGAGAAGAAAAUCUAGACCAUGCAGGAGGUCAACUUUAUGUUUCUCUUAAAAUGGAGAAUUAUAAACUUAAAGGCGAACUUAUCCCUCAUGUCUACGGUUCCGUGCCUCUUGUUGGCUCUUGGGAUUGUUCUAAAGCUCUUUCCAUGGAACGUGAAUCGGCCUCAAUGUGGGAACUAAGCUUUGUCGUUCCCCCUAAUCACGAAACUUUGGAUUUCAAGUUCCUGUUGAAGCCAAAGUACAGUAAUACCCCUUGUGUGGUUGAGGAGGGUCCAAACCGGCUUCUUACUGGAGGAACAUUGCAAGGGGAAUCGAGACUUGCAGUAUUCAAGAAUGGCGAUGAGAUUCUGGAGUAUAGAGUGUUUAUCAAAGCGGAUAGAGUUUCACCUUUUGAUCUUGCGGCCAGUUGGAGAGCUUAUCAGGAGAACCUCCAGCCAUCAACUGUUCGUGGAAUUCCUGAUGUCAGCAUCAAUUCUACACCAAUGGCCGGAGUCGAGAAUGGCUCUUCAGCUAGUUUGGAGCUUGAUCUUGAACAUUAUGUUGUCCCAGCUCCAUCAACUUCUGCAAACUCCGGUUUGGUGUACGCAGCUAACAACGCAGAGAAUCCGAGGUUUUCAAAUUUUGAUGGCUCAGGCAAUGCGUUGUAUCCCUUCAAGGAUGGUGGUGUUUCUGCUGAUCGACCUACUACUAUAAAGGUUUAUCUUGGUAACCUAUCUUGCAGAUACACAGAUUGA